AUGGGGAGUCCGCAGAGAGCCCAGCAUCUGCUGUUUUCUCUUCUGCUCUUCACAGCCUGGGAGAUAGGGAGCGGCCAGGUCCAUUACUCUGUGCUGGAGGAAGCGAAACACGGUACGUUCGUGGGGCGCAUCGCGCAGGACCUGGGUCUGGAGGUCGGGGAGCUGGUGUCGAGGCUGUUCCGGGUGGUGUCCAAGGGUCGCCGGGACUACCUGGAGGUAAAUGUGCAGAACGGCAUUUUGUUUGUGAAUUCUCGGAUCGACCGGGAGGAGCUAUGUGGUCGCAGCCCAGUUUGUAGCAUCCACCUGGAGGUGAUUGUGGAGAAGCCGCUGCAGGUUUUCCAUGUGGAGGUGGAGAUCAAGGAUAUUAAUGAUAAUCCACCUAUGUUCCCAGAAAAUAAAAAAGAAAUAAAUAUUGCUGAAUUGAGACCUCCAGACGCUCGUUUCCCGCUAGAUGGCGCAUCUGAUGCAGACGUAGGAGAAAACGCGGCCUUGACCUAUAGGCUCAGUCCCAGUGAAUAUUUCUCUCUAGACGUACAAAGCGACAGUGAACAAACGACUUCAUUAUCACUUAUUCUAAGGAAAUCUUUGGACAGAGAGGAAACUCAACAACACCAUUUAUUACUCACUGCCACUGACCGGGGCAAGCCAGAGCUCACUGGUAGUGUUGAACUGCUGAUCAAAGUGCUAGAUGUGAAUGAUAAUGCCCCCCAAUUUGACCAGACCGUUUAUAAAGUGAGAAUGUUAGAGAAUGCUGCAAACGGUACAUUGGUGAUCCAACUCAAUGCCUCUGACGCUGAUGAUGGAACUAAUGGACAUAUUUCAUACUCAUUUCGUAGCCCGGUACCUCCUGAAGUGCGACGAACUUUUCACAUAGUUCCAGAUACAGGAGAAAUUAGAAUAAAAGGAGAAUUGGAUUUUGAAAAGAAUGAUAUAUAUGAAAUUCGAGUCGAGGCGAUUGACAAAGGGAACCUUCCAAUGGCUGGUCAUUGCACGGUUCUGGUGGAAAUUCUGGACACCAACGAUAACUCUCCUGAGGUAUCUGUGACUUCGCUCUCACUGCCUGUCAGAGAGGACUCCCCGCCGGGCACAGUCAUCGCCCUCAUUAGCGUAUCUGACCGUGACUCAGGCGCCAAUGGGCAGGUGACUUGCUCCCUGUCACCCCCCGGGCCCUUCACGCUGGUGUCCACCUUCAGGAAUUACUAUUCGUUGGUACUGGAGGGCUCAGUGGACCGUGAGAGCGUGCCGGCCUACGAGCUAGUGGUGACUGCGAAGGACGGCGGGACGCCAGCGCUGUGGGCCACGGCCAGCGUGUCUGUGGGCAUUGGCGACGUCAACGACAAUGCACCUACUUUCGAGCAGCCUAUGUAUACUGUGUUCGUGAAGGAAAACAACCCACCAGGCUGUCACAUCUUCACGGUGUCAGCCUCUGAUCCGGAUGCACAAGAGAACGCGCUGGUGUCUUACUCAUUGGUGGAGCGGCGGAUUGGGGAGCGUCCACUGUCGAGCUACGUGUCUGUGCACUCGGAGAGCGGGAAAGUGUACGCUUUGCAGCCCUUGGACCACGAAGAGCUGGAGCUGCUGCAGUUCCAGGUGAGCGCCCGGGACGCAGGCUUCCCUCCUCUGGGCAGCAACGUGAGCUUGCAGGUGUUCGUGCUAGACGAGAACGACAAUGCCCCAAAAGUGCUACCUCCUCUUGCGGGUUCUGGGGCAAGCGGGGGCCCAGAGACCAAGCUAGUGUCACAGUCAGUGGCUCCGGGCCACGUGGUGACGAAGAUCCGGGCUGUGGAUGCAGAUUCAGGCUACAAUGCGUGGCUGUCUUAUGAGUUGCUGCCGGAGGUGGGCGUUGGGCGAAGCCCUUUCGGAGUGGGGCUGUACACCGGCGAGAUCCGCACGACGAGAGUUCUGGAGGAGUCGGAUGGGCCUUUGAAGAUGCUGCUAGUACUAGUAAAGGACCACGGGGAACCUGCGCUGUCUGCCACCGCCACGGUGAGCGUGUCACUGUUGGAGAGCGGGCAGGCCCUUAAAGCUUUGUCUGAGGUUGCGGGAGCUGUGGCCGAGGCAGGAAUUAGAAAGGAGGCAGCGCUGGUGGAUGUAAACGUGUAUCUGAUUAUAGCAAUCUGCUCGGUGUCCAGUUUGUUGGUGCUGAGUGUGUUGCUCUAUGUGGCGCUGCGGUGCUCUGCGCCCCCGCAGGGCGGGUAUGGGCCUGGCAAGCCUACGCUGGUGUGUUCGAAAGAGGCUGGGAGCUGCUGGUAUUCCCAGCAGCGGCGGCAGGUUUACUCUGGAGAAGGAACAGUCAAGAACGACCUUAUGGCCUUCAGCCCCAACCUCCCUCCGUGUCCCAGUCAGUCACAUAGCGGGGAGCAGCAGGAAUAUGGGGCGGAGCAGUUGGGGAAGAAGGAGUCCUUUAUGGACGUACGAGGGAAUGUCAUACUCCUUACAAAAGGAGAAAUCAAAUGA